GUAUCGUAAAUCACCAGGAAUUUAAAUUUUUAGCAGUUGGCAUUAUACUAGGUGUUCUUGAUCGAUCGGAUUAUAUAAAAAUCAAUUAAAAUGGGAGACGCCGCUUCUUCGAAACCACUAGGAAGACCCAUGAAGUAUCCGUACACAUUUUCAGCAAAAAUCGCCCAAUUCCCAUGGAAAUUUUACUUUACAAAGCAAUGGAUCUGGAAAUAUUAUGCCGUCGCCUUUGUAGUUUGCAUACCAGUCUUUAAAAAGAUCUCCAACUUAGCUAAUUCUCCUGAAAACGUUGCUAAAUGGGCUGAAAUUCGUAAAAGGGAAGCUGCGGAACAUCAUUAAGAAAAUAUUUAAAAAAAUGGGAAAUAUUUAGUAAUGUGAAAAGCAUUUUUUUGUUAAAAACUAUGAAAUAAAUUAGAUCCAAAUUUAAA